UUAAACGAACCCUGGUGUUUGUUUGUCACAUGCCAGCGAUGGCUCAUUACCAUCUGUAAAUUUGCAUUAACACGCGCAAAAUAACCGAAAAUACUUCCAUCGAGCACGCGCAAAUGGUGCACAGAUAACAAGACAAAAAAGGCAAUUACUGACACACGAACGAUUGACGCAUUUCUCAUUCGAUCAUCGGCGAUCUUUUCAUUGGCUCGUGUAUUCCGACCCUGCAUCGUACUUCGCCGCUCCAGAUUCGCAAAGGUGGGGACGCCAAGUAUUUAAGUAUCAAUUUGGUAAUUAAAAAUUCACAUCUCCGGUGCCACCACUACCAUGCUACGUUACGCUCUGCUGCUCUGCGUCGGCGCGUCCCUCUGCGCGGCCGCGAGAAUCCCGAAAAUACUGGGUGGCAAAAAUGCUGAUCCCACGGCUUACAAGUACCACGUGGCUAUCCUCGAACUGCUGGAGGAUGGCUCGACUCGCCACGUUUGCAGCGGCGCGAUAAUCGAUCGCCGCUUCGUCCUCACCGCUGCCCACUGCGUCUACGAGAGGAAUAGCCCCGAGCUCGUUGUAAGGGCUGGAGGUAACUUGCCACCACCCGAGGGCAAGCCUCACCACGAGAAACGCGUCUUCAGACAGGUCGCCAAGAUCAUGUAUCCUAAGGAUUACAUCAAGGACGCGAGGUACCACGAGUACGACGUCGCUGUUCUUAAGAUCAAGGGUACCUUCGACCUGGUCGACCAGGAGAACUUCAAGAAGGUCUACCUGCCGGUAAUCGACGAUGACUUCGAAGACAAGUCGAGCGUCGUCUCUGGCUACGGAGUACACGAUGCUAACCAGAAGGCGCCGAAAGUCGAGGGUGACGGUUUCAAGUCUCUCAAGACCAAAGUCAUCUCCAACGAUGAGUGCCAGAGCACCAGGACCUUCAUCCUGACCAGGGGCAGCCUCUGCACAUUGUCAAUUCAGGAGAAGGGUCACACUUGCAACGGCGACGGUGGCGAUCCUCUGGUCUACGACAACCAGCUCAUCGGAAUCCUCAACGCUCCGAGCACCUGCGACAGCCAGCGUCCCGAACUCUUCACCCGCGUCUCAACCUACGUCCCACUCAUCAAGAAGAUUCUCGGUGGCCAGGUCUUGUCCGACAUCGAAUACAGAUAAUUCACACGCUCAUAUACCUCUUUCAUAAACGACAAUAAAACGAAAUUUUUUUCAAAAGACAA